GUUUCUUUGUUCCCUCUUUGUCACUAUGAAGCCUACUUCUUCUUCUUAUAAUCUCACGGCUACUGCCGCUUUCGUUUCCUCUUCUUGUUUCAGAAGCAACGAGCCUCUGGUUCCAAGGAGGCUGUUUUUCUUGAGAGAUGUUCAGAUUCUUGAGCUCUUUAUUGCCCUUUUAGUGUUUGUGACAAUACAUUCCUUGCGCCAGAAGAAACGCCAAGGGAUGCCCGUUUGGCCGUUUCUUGGCAUGCUUCCUUCCUUGAUUUCCGCGGUCCGAAGCAACAUAUACGAAUGGUUAUCUGAGGUUCUUAUCAGCCAAAACGGGACAUUCCGGUUUAGAGGUCCUUGGUUUAGCACCCUCAACUGCGUUGUUACCUGCGACCCAAGAAACGUUGAGCAUCUUCUCAAGACCCGUUUCCCUAUCUAUCCUAAGGGUUCUUACUUCCGUGAGACCAUGCGAGAUCUACUCGGAGACGGGAUUUUCAACACCGAUGAAGAAACGUGGCAACAACAAAGGAAAACAGCAAGUGUCGAGUUCCAUUCGGCUAAAUUCAGACUAUUAACCAGUCAAUCAUUGCACGAGCUCGUGCAUAAUCGACUUUUACCGGUUCUAGAAGCUUCCGGAAAGAUCGAUCUUCAGGACAUUUUGUUAAGACUAACGUUUGACAAUGUAUGCAUGAUUGCUUUCGGGGUCGAUCCAGGCUGUCUUAGUCCAAAACUACCCGAAAUUCCUUUCGCAAAAGCCUUCGAGGAUGCAACAGAAGCAACAGUUGUGAGAUUUGUGAUGCCUAAAUUCGUGUGGAAGCUCAUGAGGUCUCUUAAUUUAGGAACGGAGAAGAAGCUAAAGGAAUCAAUAAAAGGUGUGGAUGGUUUUGCUGAAGAAGUGAUCCGGAGGAGGAAGAAAGAGAUGUCUCUAGAGGCUGAAAUAUCGAAGAGACCUGAUCUCUUGACUAUCUUUAUGGGUCUACGAGACCAAAAUGGACAGAAAUUUUCAGAUAAGUUCUUGCGUGAUAUUUGUGUGAACUUCAUACUUGCUGGGAGAGACACUUCCUCUGUGGCUUUAAGCUGGUUUUUCUGGUUAAUCGAGAAGAAUCCGGAAGUGGAGGAGAAAAUCAUGAUGGGAAUUUGCAAGAUUCUUGAGCAGAGAGAUGAUCAGGGAGAUGCAAAGAAGAACAUGGAAUAUGAGCCUGUGUUCAGACCAGAAGAGAUCAAGAAAAUGGAUUAUCUACAAGCUGCUUUGUCUGAGACUCUCAGAUUGUAUCCUUCUGUUCCAGUCGAUCACAAAGAGGUACUUGAAGACGAUGUAUUUCCAGAUGGGACGAAAUUAAAAAGAGGAGAAAAGGUUAUAUACGCAAUAUACGCGAUGGGACGCAUGGAAACAAUUUGGGGGAAAGACUGUCGUGAGUUUAAGCCAGAGAGGUGGUUAAGAGACGGCCGAUACAUGAGUAAGUCGGCCUAUAAGUUCACGGCCUUCAAUGGCGGUCCUCGGCUAUGUCUAGGCAAGGAUUUUGCGUAUUAUCAAAUGAGAUAUGUUGCAGCCGCGAUUAUCUACCGAUAUAGGGUCAGGGUUGAUGAUAAGGGUGGUCACAAGGUUGAGCCAAAGAUGGCUCUAACUAUGUACAUGAAGCAUGGCUUGAAGGUGAAUAUGGUCAAGAGGAGUGUUUCAGAGAUAGCCCACUACUACUGCUGAGUGCCUGCCGUCAAGGGGGGUAUAAAAUUGGUGUACUGUAUACUGAUUCAUGUUUUGAGAUUUAUGAAUUGUAACAAGUGAUUGUUGUUUUUUGGGUGAUUUUGAUUUGGUAGUUAUGCUGUAUAUAUUAUAUCGUUUAUAAUAAUGAUAACUUACGACA